AAAGUCCAACUUGCAGCAGCCGGAGAAUGCGACCAACCAUCAAGGUGCUCGUCGCGCUCUGCACGCUCUCGCUCGGGACGCUCGUGCUCCUGCACACGUCGCUCGUGCCCGAGCAUGGUGCUAUCACCACCCACUUCCUCCGCCGCCCACAUCGCCACAUUGCUGACGCGACACGGGCGUACGUCGGUCGGCUCCUGGCGCCGGCCCGGUACACGUCGGUUGCUACGGCUGGCUGCAACUUUGCCUCGACGGUCGCGGCCUUUGAUCCGUUCGAUCUGCCGCUGCAUUGUGGCAACAUGCACGAGCUCGAGACGCACGAGGUCCUCGGGAAGGGCUUUUGGCGCAGCGUCCUCAAGGCCACGUGGCAAGGCAAGCCCGUGGCCGUCAAGGUUGUGCACCAGAACCUCGCAUGGCGAAGCGGUAUCCUCGAGCGCCACGUGGAAGAGGCCGCCGUGCUCUACCAGCUCCGCGAUGCGCCCCACAUUGCGCACCUCGUCGGCUGGUGCAACACGACGAUUGUCGUCGAGUACUUUCCGCGCAACUUGGACGAAGUGCUGCACGACCCGACGACGCCUGCGUGGUCGAUGGCCGAGACGCUGUCGCUGGCGCGCGAUGCUGCGAUGGGCGUGGCAGAGCUCCAUGCGGCCGGCGCGGUUCACGUCGACCUCCAGCCGCGCCAGUUUUUGUACGAGGAAGCGUCGCAUCGCCUCGUGCUCAACGACUUUAAUCGGCUCCGGUACAACGGCCGCAACUCGUCGUCGUCGUCCAACGAGAUAUGCGAGUUUCACAUCCCGAUUGCGAAAGGCGUCUACCGCGCACCGGAAGAGUACCUCUUGCAACCGCUCAACGCCAAGGUCGACGUGUACAGCCUCGCACUCGUUUUCUGGUCGCUCGUCGCUCGGGAAGCGCCCUACAAGGCGUGGAGCCGCGACGAAGUCUACGCCAACGUGCCCGAGGGACUUCGCCCGGAGGUGGCGGUGCUAUCUCCAUACCCCCCCGCAAUGCAAAACCUCGUGCAAACGAUGUGGGCAACGGACCCGGAGGAGCGCCCGUCGGCCGCCGACGUCGCCACGCAAGUUGCGGCGAUCUUGGCUCAAGUCGAACGCGACCCGAUCGCAAUAUCUUGAGAUGCCAAUGUUCAUGCAACUCGUGAUUUUACAUA